AUGUCUUUCUCCGACUUCUCAAAAACUGAAUCUAUCAAGUCCUUAAACGAAUUCUUGGCUGACAAGUCUUACAUUGAAGGUACUUCUGCCACUCAAGCUGAUGUAACUGUCUACAAGUCUUUCCAAAAAGAAUACCCACAAUUAACCAGAUGGUUAAACCACAUCGCUUCUUUCACUGAAGAAUUUUCUACUUUACCAGCCGGUAAGGUUCCAGCUGCCGCUGCUGCUGAAGAAGAAGAUGAAGAUGAUGUUGACUUAUUCGGCUCUGACGAUGAUGAAGUCGAUGAAGCUGCUGAAAAGUUGAAGCAAGAAAGAUUAGCCGCAUACGCUGCAAAGAAGGCCGCUAAGGGUCCAGGUCCAGCAGCCAAGUCUCUCGUCACCUUGGAUGUUAAGCCAUGGGAUGAUGAAACUGACUUAGACCAAUUACUUGCCAACGUUAAGGCUAUUGAACAAGAUGGUUUAGUCUGGGGUGCUCACCAAUUUAUCCCAGUUGGUUUCGGUAUCAAGAAGUUGCAAGUCAACUUAGUUGUUGAAGAUGCUAAGGUUUCUCUUGAUGAAUUACAACAACUCAUUGAAGAAGAUGAAGAUCACGUCCAAUCUACUGAUGUUGCUGCUAUGUCGAAAUUAUAA